AUGCAAUCCUCUGACAAGGGAGAACCCCGCAAGAACAGGGCUCCUGAAAUGGGUCAGUCCCAGUUCAAACUGAGCGAUUGCCACCUCACUUUCGGACCCCAUGAGGGGAUCCAGUACAUGUCUCAAAGCACGAUAUACCCGGCAGCGCGGAGCUCGGGUAACGACCAAUCUACUUCUGGUGGAUUGAAAUAUCCGCGGAUCAAGAAAGAGUUCCCCAAUGAGAAUGAGCAGGGUAUCAAAACCUGGUGCAGAUCCAGUCAAUUGACCAUCAAACAACCACCCAACAUCAAACAGGAACCAGGAAUCAAGAUGGAACCACAAGAGUUCAACAAUGCUCCGCAAUUUCAAGGCCGUCUCGUCAUUGACCUCACAGAAGAGGACGACGAUUUGCCAACUCAACGGCCAAUGCCGCGUGCCAAUUUAUUGAUGUCCGCCCAAAAGCACCACAAGGCUACGAAAAAGUCAAUUGAAAGCGUUGAACAACCAGUUGAAAGCUUGUUCGUGCGAGACGAUGAUUCCUCACGCUCUAUCUCCUCCAAUACCAGCAACCCACUCCUUGAGUUAGGUGAAAAUGAUAUUUCUGGAUUUAAUGAAUACCAGAGACAAUUCCAAACCCUGCAAUCCCCCUCCAUGGAACAGCAGAUUGAGUUCGAAAAGCAGAGAGAGAAAGAGCUCGAACGAGGGAGAAAGUUCAAGAAUGACAAGAUUUGUGACUUGACUGUCCAAGCAGAACCGGAAGGAGGGACCGAGGACGAGAAUAUCUCUUCUGCAUUGAAAGAACAGCCUCAACCCAAAGACCCUCAACCAGAAGAGAAAAUUGAGGCAGACUUGACAAAGCCUGCUAGAGUCAAGCGACCGGUUACGCGAGUCUCAAAAGCGGGAAUCCAAAAGGCUAAAGAUGUUGGCCUUGCUCAGUUGCUUUCAAAGGAAGGGGCUAAAAAGCAUAGUACGGCCAACGAACCUGAGCCUGAAACGGAGCAAGCAUCUGUCACCAAAGGAAAUCGGAAAAAACAUCGACACCACCCCACGAUAUUAUCAAAGGAAGAAAUUCGCAGCAUUUUCAAAAACGAUGGUGGUCGUAAAAAAGCAAAGGAUCCGUUACCCCCUGGGUUUGUCUCUACGGAGAAAAACAAACAAAAGGCCUUCAGAGAGAUGCUCGCCAGCAUCCCAGUUGCAGAACAGGCGGGAGCACGUGAAGACAUAUCCAUUCUGAACGAAGCCACACAGACUUUCAAUCCUUCAGCAAGGUCAGACGGGAAAGGAAAAUGGAAGGUCAGAGGGCUGAAAGCAAGCCUUAUGGUAAACCAGUGCAAACGCGAAACCUCUUCGAGCAAGCCCAAUGGUGGCUUACUUUGUGAUGUGAUGGGCUUUGGAAAGACCCUGUCGGCACUAGCGUGCAUCGUGAACAGAAGGUUGCCAUCUGAGCCAGAAGGUCCGACUCUGAUUGUUGCCCCGAGAAGUUUGAUAGAUACCUGGAUGUUGCAGAUUCGGCUCCAUUGUGAGCUCGGGGCAGCCGGCAGCGUCAUUGCACAUUGCUCUGGUGCACAUGUGAUAACUGAUAACCUCGCUCACGAUCUUAAACAACGAGGCAUUGUGUUGACAACAUACUCGGAGAUAUCUUCCUCCUAUCCUGACCUAAAGUUGCCCCCUGAACUCAAGACUGAUGAUGAUAUCAAAGAGUGGUGGAAUCGGGAAUAUGAGGAGAAAUCAGGUGUCUUUCAUCAAAUCCACUGGCACAGAAUCAUUCUCGAUGAAGCACACAUUAUCAGGAACAGGAUGACCAGAACAUCGAUUGCAGUUCGCUCUCUGAGUGGGAAUUUCAAAUGGGCUUUAACCGGGACACCUUUGCACAACUCCGUUGAUGAACUUUAUGCUCUAUUUGCAUUCAUUGAUGUCCCCCACAGCCACCCAUAUGACGUGUUCAUGCAUAACUUCUGCGAUGGGACCGAUCUUACUAAAAACCGUUUGAUCAAUACGCUUCGCGCCGUCAUCCAUCGCAAGACACACGAGAGCCGUCAUAUGGGGAGACCUCUUAUCGAGCUCAAGAGAUUUGAUCUGAAGGAGGUCAAGAUUGAUUUCUACCCGGUUGAAAAGCAAAUCUACACUGCAAUCGCGGAGAAGUUCGUCGAGAAAGUCAAUGUCACCGAAAAGAAAAAGCAGAGAAAAUGCAUUUUGACGAUGAUCUUAAAGCUGCAGAUGUUCGCUAGCCAUCCACUUACUGCAGAAGAUUACCUCAAGCGAGUGUGCAAUUUCAACAACGGAUUGGUUACAAAGCUAAAGGGUUGGGUAAAGGAUGAAACAAGCCCAGGAAGUCCAUCUCCAUCAAGCAAAAUUGCAAAGUGCUGUCUUGCAGGUAAAUACCAAACUGGAAUGCCUACGGCCCCUCUGAGGCCUCAAACACCAAGCGAAAACCUUCGACCACGGCCGCCCGGCAAUUGCGCAAAGCUUGUUUCAAAGUUCGAGAUGAAAAUCAAAGAACUCAUCAGGGAAGAAGCUUACUAUGAGAGUGAUCAUCGCACCUGGUUCUGUCCUGGCUGUGACGGGCUCCCAUCAAGGGCUAUUAUCACGGACUGUCAACACCUUUAUUGCGAAGACUGCUUCGACGCACUCGCUGACGAAGAAAGAAAAACAGAUGGUGUCACUCGAUUGUGCUGUAGUUGCAGAAUUCCCAUCAAAAAGGCUGCAUUCUACGGAAUUUACGAUGACUUCGACACACCUCCACUGGAAGAUGCAGAGUCUUCUUCUCUUGGAUCAGCGGGUCAGCAAAAGCGACCAGCCACACCGGAGACAAGCGCAGAUAGAGAAGCACAACCCAGGAAACGCCGAAAGGGUAGAGACUCUGGUCACACAUUCUCAGAAUGGUUAUUGGCCGACGGAAACCUAAUUUCAGCUGGAGACGAAAGCGAGUCUGAGAGCGAAGACGGAGCGGAAGACCAAAACCCCGAUGAGGGUGAUGUUCCGUGCGAGGAAGAGGUUGACAAAGAGCAAGAUUGGAUAGCAGAUUUUGGGAGAUCCAUGCCGGGCGCCAAAUUUGAUGCAAUUACGGCUCAAGUCAAAAAGUGGCUCGAAGAAGACAGCACAGCCAAAAUCGUGAUUUUCACGCAGUCGCGAGAAAUUCACCUAGACAGUUUCCAGAAUGACAAUGAAACCAAGAUCAUGAUUGCUUCGAUUAAAACGGGUGGUCUUGGCCUUGAUUUCUCCGUGGCCAACAAGUGUAUCCUGGUUGAUCUAUGGUGGAAUGAGGCUGUCCAAGACCAGGCAUUCUUUCGUCUUUGGCGUCUUGGUCAACAACGAAAUGUCGAAUGCAUCAUGCUCAUGGUCAAAUGGUCCAUUGACGAUUGGAUGGAGAAGACACAGAAGCGCAAAGCCAAAGAGAUCAGCGAGGUCUUGAGUCAGAAUGUGCUCAUGGACCGAAACACACUCAAAGAACUGCUCCAGAUGUUUGGCACAGUUACUGAUGACUCAAGGAAUGGUUUUAGGGUGUAUUUAACCUCCAAGGAUGCAUCCAAAGCUGCGUCGAACGUGCCAAAAGCCACUUCCAGGGCCACUUCCGCAGGAUUUACUACUCGGUCUGCGCCUGCUAAGAAACGGAGUUAG